AUGGUUGUAAAGGCAGCCAUUUUAUCUACUUACAACGUUUCAGUACCAAUAACUCACUAUUUUGUUUAUCUCUCUAAGAUCCAUAUGGGUUUACAGCACUAUUUAAUCAAGACCUGCCAGCCCAGCUGUGUUCCUCUGGAUGAAAAACUCCUGCCCCAACUUCUAAAAGAAGCAGGCUAUGCUACUCACAUGGUCGGAAAAUGGCACCUGGGAAUGUACCGGAAAGAAUGUCUUCCAACCCGCCGAGGAUUUGAUACCUAUUUUGGAUAUCUUCUAGGAAGUGAAAAUUAUUAUUCUCAUGAGCACUGUGCAUUCAUUGAUGCUUUGAAUGUCACACGAUGUGCUCUUGAUUUUCGAGAUGGUGAAGAAGUUGCAACAGAAUAUAAAAAUAUGUACUCAGCAAACGUAUUUACUGAAAGGGCUACAGCCCUCAUAGCUAAACAUCCACCAGAGAAGCCUUUGUUUCUCUACCUUGCUCUCCAGUCUGUCCAUGACCCACUUCAGGUCCCUGAGGAAUACCUAAAGCCAUAUGAUUUUAUCCAAGAUAAACACAGGAAAAUCUAUGCCGGAAUGGUGUCCCUUAUGGAUGAAGCAGUAGGAAAUGUCACUGCAGCCUUAAAAAGCUAUGGGUUCUGGAACAACACGGUGUUCAUCUUCUCCACAGACAAUGGAGGGCAGACAUUGGCAGGGGGCAAUAACUGGCCCCUUCGAGGAAGAAAAUGGACCCUGUGGGAAGGAGGUGUUCGAGGAGUGGGCUUUGUGGCAAGCCCUCUACUGAAACAGAAGGGCGUGAAGAACCGGGAGCUCAUCCACAUCUCUGACUGGCUGCCAACACUGGUGAAUCUGGCCAGGGGACACAUCAACGGCACCAAGCCUCUGGAUGGGUUUGAUAUGUGGAAAACCAUCAGUGAAGGAAAGUCGUCCCCCAGAGUGGAGCUGCUGCACAACAUUGACCCAGACUUCGUAGACUUUUCACCAUGUCCUGGCAACAGCCUGGCUCCAGCCAAGGACAACUCUUCUCUUCUGGAGUAUUCAGCCUUUAACUCAUCUGUCCAUGCUGCAAUUAGACACAGAAACUGGAAACUCCUCACAGGCUCCCCAGGCUGUGGUUACUGGUUCCCCCCGCCAUCUCAAUCUAAUAAUUUUGAGAUAGCUUCAUUGGAUCCACCAAACAAGACCCUCUGGCUUUUUGAUAUUGAUCGGGACCCAGAAGAAAGACACGACCUGUCCAGAGAAAAUCCCCACAUCGUGAAGAAGCUCCUUUCUCGCCUGCAGUACUACCAGCAACACUCAGUGCCUGCAUACUUCCCUCCACAGGACCUCCGCUGUGAUCCCAAGGACACGGGUGUGUGGGGCCCUUGGAUGUAGCUGAGGUUAGAUUUGGGGGAAGUUGUAACACCUUUCUGUUUAAAGCUCCACUUAGGCCUUGACUCUUGUGGCUGCUCAUCUCCUUUAUUCUCCUCCCUGGAUUCACCUGGUCCUUUUUAAGCUCCCAAAUCAUACCGAGGAGUCUGACCUCAACUUCUAGUGUAUUUCAGAAGCCAAUAAAAUCUGGAAGGCUCUA